AUGGCAGCAAGCCUGCUAUCGCGAUACCCAUGGGUAUCUGGUCCAUUUGUGGUCAGCGCUCCCAUGAAAGUAAUGUCAGGUCCAGCACUGGCAGUAGCCGUCUCUCGCGCCGGUGGACUAGGGUUCAUUGGCCCCGGUGCCAAAACACAGGACACGAGUGAUGAUCUUGAAAAAGCAUCAUCGCUCAUACGCCAAGAGGCCAGCAUAAUACCAUCUCUCGGCUCGACACUACCUGUCGGCAUAGGAUACCAGCUCUGGGCUGAUGAUAUCGCUGUUGCAGUCGCGGUAAUUCAGAAGCAUAAACCAUGUGCAGCCUGGCUAUAUGCCCCGCGUCAGGGACCUAAGGAAUAUGACGACUGGUCUAGCAAGAUCCGUCAAGUAUCCCCUGACACCCAGAUCUGGAUUCAGAUUGGCACUCUGAAGGAGGCAAAGGAGCUUCUUCAGAACCGUGAGCGACCAGAUAUUGUUGUCGUGCAAGGAGCUGAAUCCGGUGGCCACGGUCGGGCGAAAGAUGGAAUGGGGCUUAUGGCACUGUUCCCCGAAGUUGCAGACGCCAUGGCAGACAGCAAAAUUCCGUUGUUUGCGGCUGGCGGAAUUGCAGAUGGGCGCGGUGUUGCAGCGGCGAUGUGCCUUGGAGCUUCAGGUGUGGUAUUGGGGACUCGAUUCCUGGCUGCCAGUGAAGCACGCAUCAGCCGGGGUUACCAGGACGAGGUUGUACGUGCGGACGACGGUGCAGCCUCAACCACGCGUACUUUACUGUAUAACCAACUCAGGGGCACGUUUGGGUGGCCAGAGGAAUAUAGCCCCCGGACUAUUGUGAACAAAUCAUUUGUUGAGCAGCAGCAAGGGAAGCCUUUUGAGGAACUGAAAAGGCUUCAUGAUGAAGCUGUUAAGACGGGUGAUAAGGGCUGGGGGCCUGAAGGGAGACUCGCGACAUAUGCAGGAGCCUCUGUGGGACUUAUACAUGGUGUGAAAGGUGCAGAAGAUAUUGUCAAUGAGAUUCGGGGGAUGCAUUGGGAAUAA